UGGAUACCAGGACACAGUGGUGUAGCAGGCAAUGUAAGAGCCGAUCAUUGGGCCAGAAUGUCUCACCAGAAACCGAAUGUCACACAUGUUAAUGCAGGGUACAGAGAGUUUCUGCCCAUGGUACGCAAGAGUACCAAAGAUAAGUUCGCUGAGAUAUGGCACGAUUACCGCCCGACGCUCCUUAAAGAGGUUAAGCCAAAUGUCGGCCAAUGGAUGUCGAGUUCUCGCAGUAAUCGUAGAGAAGAAAUCAUACUGACGAGGAUGCGAUUAGGCCACACUCUUCUUACUCACAGACACAUUCUUGAUCGCGAACCUCCACCGAUAUGUGACCGUUGCCGAUGUGCACUUGACGUUCCGCACAUCUUGCUGCAUUGUCGGAAAUUCUGUGCCGAAAGACGGAACCUGGAAAUAGAAUGUCUCAUAUCCAAUGUCCAGAUGAAUGUAGGAUCUCUACUGGGAAAUGAAUUUCCCUUGAUCACUGAUGCUGUGUUUGCAUAUCUUACUGAAUGCGGUGUUGCUCAGAGAUUGUGAGACGAUGUGAUAAGCACUGUGAUUUUGUGAUGUCCAACACUGCUGUGACUUAUUGGUGAACUAAUUAGAGUGCGUGUUAUCGAUGCUCUGUAUUGAUUGUGUCUGUAGUUUAGUUAGACAAUAGUCAGUUUUCACUCCCAAGUAGUUGUUCUAGAAUCUACCGUAUCCAGACCACCUCUUUGGUCUAUGUAGCCUAGCUGAAACCCCAGUAGUGUAACCAGGAUGCCACAACUACGGCCGAAAACUAACCGUUUCUGCCUCCGGCAGAGACCUUCAUGUCUACAUCCUCCCAAAGCAAGUCCACACCACGGCUAUACCUAUCCUAAAUCCGUAACCCUGCUUAGUCACCCUGCUUAGUUCCCUUUACUCAUUAAGAAGAAAAGAAGAAGAAAGACUGCCAUCAAAAGAAGUUGGACGCAAGAGCCAAGCUGCUACGCGCCCUAACCCAGAACAACAACAACAACGAGAAUAGGUGGAGCCGUUCUCUCCAAGCAGGAGCUAUUUCUGGAGUAUCUGCCCAGUGUUAAGAUCUACCUGAAUUGCUGGCCAAGCAGAGAAGACAAUGUCACUGUUCAAGGCACGUGAGUGGUGGUCCACAGCGUGCGGCACAGACGAGACGUUUGACAUUGGCUGUAUGCUGGUGGCGUGCAUUGGGCCAGAGAAGCAGAAGGACCAGCGCAUUGUGGUUGGCAGUCAUGAAGGUUUCAUCCGCGUGUACCAGCCCAACUACGACGCGCGCGGGGACGGGGACGACGCGGGUGCGGAGAAUGGGUUCCGGCCGGACGACCUGCUAUUGGAGGUGCAGCUGGAGCAUCCUGCCCUCCAGCUGAUGGCGGGCAAACUGGCACACUCGUCGACAGACACGUGCCUGGCGGUGCUGAUGCCGUUCCAGGUGACCGUCUUCACCAUCAGCAUGGCGGCGGGAGCGGUCGAACACGGCACACACUACGCCCUCAACCCGGUCUACUCACACCGGCUCAAACGGUCUGCCUUCAACAUGUUCUCCGGGUUCUUCGGCGGAUCGAAAAAUAAGGAGCUGUUCAGCAUCCAGUCGUUGGACGGCACGCUGUCGUUCUAUGAGCAGGAAAACUACUCGUUCAGCCGGUUCCUGCCCGGCUAUCUGAUCCCCGGCCCGAUCCUCUACGUGCAGAAGACGGACUCGGUGGUGACGGGCACCUCCAGCUGGACGGUCGAGGCGUACAAAUACUCGUCGCUGGCACAGGGCUCCGACCCCAACGAGAAGUCGAGCGGUGACAUUGGCUCCGGCAAACGGGUCUACCCCGACUGGACCUACAACGUGGGGGAGGUCACGCUCGACAUACAGCAGGUGACUCUUCCGUCGGGCGAUGUGCGUCUGGCGGUACUUGCCGAACACAGCCUGCUGAUUCUGAAGGAGGCUGGACAGCCUGUGCUGUUCAAAAGACUCGACUACCAUCCAGCCUGUCUCACUACGUUCGUCAACGACGCGGGGCGGCUCACCACGCUCGUUGCCAGUCACACCAGCGUCGGUCACGUGUACGAGGGCGGCACACUGCGCUGGGCUGCCCAGCUGCCGUUCAUACCCGUCUGCGUGGGCCGGCUGCGUCUGCGGCAGCUCUCGGGUCUCCUGGCGCUCCUCUCCGCUGGAGGACAGCUGGUGGUGGCGUAUCUGGGCACCACUCCGUCACUGUUCGUGGCCCCUCCCGUGCAGACGGCCGGAGCGCUCGACUAUGAGGCGCUAGAUGAGGAGCUGGCCACGCUGACGGCGGUCAUACAGCGGUCGCAGAAACAGGACGAGACUGGUCUGGCGGCGGCGGACGCCAACCGAGAGGACGUCCAGCUGGUGGUACAGAUUCAUCCGGUGCUGGACCCGUGCUCACUGCCCACAGAGGUGGACCAACAGGUACCGUGCGCCAGUAUCCGCGCCCUCAUCACCCCGUUAGCGCCCGUUCAGUCGGUGGUCCUCAGUUUUGACGUGGUCAGUCCACUGGUGGUCGUCAAACCAUCGGCGGGCAUCGAGUCACUCACGACCACCACGGACAUCGAGGCAGUGGUGUACCUGGCGCAGCCGCACGCCGUUCCCUCGCUGGAGCUGGAGACCGUUCUCAGCUACCUGACGUCGUCCGGCGCGCCGCGGGUGCUGCGCGCCGUCACCCGACUGCCGCUGGCUCUGGUGGCGCGGCCGGCCGACCCGGUGAAGGAUGCUGAUCAUAGGGUCACCGUGUGCACCACCCGGCCGUCCGUCAACCUGGCGCAGCUUUUCAGCGACCUGAAGCUGGACGCUGGCAUGUCGAGCGCGGCCGGCAUUGAGUACUACACCGGCUGUACGGUGACCAUCCUGGCCUCCAAGACGUCUCAGCGGUACCGUCUACAGUCGGACGACUUCCACGCCCUUUGGCUCGUCACUGAGGAGCUCACCAGACGCAUCGGCGCGAUGUACGGUGAGACUGCCGACGAGCCGAUCUGCUCGUUCGUCUCCUCCCUCCCCCUCCAGGACGUGUUCUCCGAGGUGGACGCCCACCUGAUGUGGCGGCAGCGGCGGGAGCAGCAACUUCAGCAGCUGGAGCAGCGCGCCAGCCAGUUCCGAGCCAUCCAGCGCCGGCUGCUCACCAAGUACAAGGACAUGACGCCCUCGCCGCUGACCAACAUGGACCAGCUGCUGGAGGAGACGUACCGCCGGCUGAUGGCGCAGGCCGACUCCCUCUCGGAGGAGGACCGACGUCUGGAGCGGUCCGCCGCGCAGCUCUCCUGCGCGCUGAGACUACUCGCUCUCCUAGCCCGGCUGAGUCAGACUCUGACCCCGGAGGAGGCCGACCUGCUAACGGCAGCGCUCUGCUGGCGGCGUGUGCCCUCCCAGGAGCAGGGCUGGCACGAGACGGCCGACUGCGCGGCCGGGUACCUCCACCGCGCGCUGCAGCAGCAGACGGGACGGGUGGCAGUCAGUGGCGCGCCACUCGCCAUGCCGGAUGAUACGACCAAGCUGAAGCGGCACCUGGCGCUUCUGCUGGAGAAGGUGCUGAAGGCUGGGGCCAGGAUCGGGGACAGCGUCAACAGGACAGAUGCGCCUGCCGACGAGCCGGUGGCAGACAAGGACGAGCGUCCGCCAUCCGUACACCCGAUCAGUCAGAUGUUCACUCAGCGGCUGGGCUCGGCACGGCCCCGCAGCGGCACCCGGCGACCGGUCAGCGGCGCGUCGUCUUCGCAGAGGCUACACGCUCCGGCCACCGGUCCGCCCGUGCCCUCCGGUCGCGGGCCGCCUCCAACAGUAGCCGUGGAGCCUCCGACACCUCAGCUGGACCGGUCGCGGCCCACCUCGGCAGACUCCGUGGAUGCCGAGUCGCGUGGCGCCACCGCCCCGGAGCCGCUCGUGCCGGGGACUCAGCCGGAGACGGCGGCCGAACAGCGGGACAAGGCCGACGGCGCCGGCGGAGACGUUCAACAUCUUCACCUGCACGGUCUCACCGGUGCCGGCAUCGAGGUACCGCGCGACAACCUGCUGGACGAACCGGAAGAGGACUUCUGGUGAGGCAUUGACGUCACAGGGUGACGCAGUGACGUGGUGACGUGACGUCAGGGUGGUGCUGGGGCGUUAGGUGAUGUCUGAAGACUAGGUGUAGAUGUUACUUGGGAGUUGGGAUCCCAAUACUGAACUCGGCGAUAGGCUCGGUUGGAAGAAAUGAUAGGAUGAGAGGGACGACUCAACACAAGGUAGUGUCCUUAUACAUCGAUGACGUCACUAUGUAUCGAUGGCGUCACAUAUCGGUGAUGUCACCUGUAGCUAACGUCACUGUAUAAGACGUCACAGUGUAUCUCUAAUGUCAGGUAAUGUUGCUAGCACAGUGGCACUGCCUUGACUGCCGUCCUCUACUCGUACGGCCUGUGAUCUAUCCCGGACCAGCGACACCUACCGAUUAGAGCCUGGUUUGAAGCUCGCACACGUUAGUAACGUCUCACACCACAUCAGCCGUCAGUGAUGGUAGUGACAUCACUGUAUCUCAACUGACGUGAUAUAAAUCAGCUGGAUGGGACUAGGGGUACGUGGUAUGACGGGUGUGGGUGAGACUGUGGGUUUGUCUGUGGACAGAGGUGUGCUGCCCUUGGGACUGGCUAGCUUUGUCAGAGGGCGCUAGGCUCCCAAAGGGCGGCCCUCCCUAGACCGGGUAGCAGAAUGUCAGAAGACGGUGUAGUCACGCAUGGUCUAGGAUCUCCCUUGGUGGAUUGUGUUUCGGGCGGAAUCCUACACCCGCCGUGUGAUACUAUCACAGUCUCUGUUAGUAGUCUAGUCUCUGUUAUUAUUUGAAUCUUUGGGAUGCAAUGAUCAAAAAGCUUAUAAGGUAGUCUUCAAAGGUCCCAGGACUUCUAAAAAAGUAAUGUGGAAUUGUUUUUAAUCCUGUUGAAAUGGAAGUUCCGUAGCUUCAGUGUUAAAGAAUAUCUGGCUGAUGUCGAAUUCCCACUAAAUUUCCUAACCGGUCGAGAUAUGUGAUAUUUUACAGUAAUGCCAUUUGGGUAUCCAUCGUGUGAGCGUCUUUACCAUCCCGGUUGUUGUGCUGAAGGCGUAAUGCUCACAAUAACUAGUCAUAUAAACACCAAUUAAGCUAUCAUUUAGUCGUAUAUGUCGGGUUUAAGUCUCGCUAGGUAAAGUCAAAUAUCCGUCAUAUCUUCGUCCGUCCAAGCUCAGGUAGUAUCUAGCAAAGACGGGAUUAUCACGCUCAAACUGCGGCGAACUGGGGACUUACCGUGGAAAACGGCAUAGCUGAGUUUUCGAAGGAUGUGUGGCAGUGCUUGUAUUCACUAUGAAUGCGAUUGGGCUAUAUUGUGUUACACGAGCUCACUGACACUAGCUAAUUUGACGUACCAGCCACCUGUAGGCUGGACACGCCUGUACGGCUGGCAACAAGCCGAAUGAUUCCGUCCACGAAUGUUUCAGUCAGCAUCGACAUGUGAGCUUAUGCGUGUCUAUGUUUUAUCGUGGUGUGGUUUCGAUUGUUUACUGGUUUCUUUCUCGGAGUGUUUUAUGGAAAGAUGUGACUGACAUUGCAUCUUUCAGUCGAUUUGUUUUGUGAUCUCAACAAUUGAAGGAUCUCAUGUGACUUUUACUUAUAAAAUGAAGAUAUUAAAUGUGCGUUGUGUGUGCAACUUUGUCACAACAUAUCUUGCAAACCGUAUAUACAACUGCACUACUGACGAA